AUGGAGAAGAGUAACAAAGGAGUCCAAGAGAAUGAAGGAGGCACUUCUGAACCUCUUCUACCCACCCCGCCCUCGCAUUUGCGACUAGCAACUGAAGCUGAACUAGCAAGCCACCAGCAGGAGUCCAGAGGUAGGGUAUUCACCCCUAAUUUACCUAGGUUGAAGUUGUCAAUGUUCUCGGCUGGGAACCCCAGGGAAUGGCUUAGGAAAUGUCACAAAUACUUUUUGAACUUCCAGAUACUUGCUUGCCAAAAAGUAGACUUAGUAGAAAUGUUCUUAGACGGCAAAGCUGAUAACUGGUUCCAAGGGGUGAAACUAGCUAAACCUGGACUGAAUUGGGAGGAAUUUAGCGAGUUGCUAUGUGAGAGAUUCUCGGGAAAAGGAUCGCUCGACAUAGUAGAGGAAUUUAACAAACUACAGCAAAUAGGGACAGUGCAGGAAUAUGAGGAAAAAUUUGAAGAACUAAAAACUUUGAUGCUGACCAAGAACCCCAAACUGGAUGAAUCCUAUUUCGUCUCCAGUUUUAUCAGUGGAUUGAAGGAGGAGGUCAAGCCCAUGGUGAAGAUGUUCAAACCACAGACAUUGUCUAAAGCAUUUGAAGUAGCAGAAUUGCAAGAGUUGCCUGCAAUAACUCUCAAUGUCAGGAAGUCUGAAGCUAUACACAAGGAGGUUGGAAGGCUCUCAGCAGAAGAACAGCAGUACAAACGCAAAAUAACCUGUGCUAUAAGUGUGGAGAGAAGUUUGGGAUGGGGCAUCAGUGUAGGACAAAAGAUCUGA